AAAGCGCAAAUUAAUGUGCUAAAACGACGGCAUCACGUGUCAUAUAUGUUCCGAAGUAAUCGCAGAGAAAGUAAUAAUAAUGUUCAAAUGGCAAAUAAGUCGUCGCUGGACCUAAAUGACUUCGCAAACGGUGUUCCUGCCUGGCAGACGUGCAACUUUUGCAGCAGUAUGGAAACCUUUCGAACAUCAGCCGACUUUACAAAACAUCUGAGAGAUCGGCAUUGCAGUGUCGAAGGAGGAUCGUUUGUUUGUCGUUACGGGUAUAACGGAGUUUGCUCGUCGCUGCCUCUGGAUGGCGUUUCGGAUCGCGAUUAUGAGACGCAUGUCGAGCGAUGUCACGUAAAUGCCAAUGCGAAAGAGGCGGAAGUCAAGUGGUCCGUUUUUUCGGCAGCACAAAAUCUGCCUGCUGUGCUAAAUGAUCCGAGUCGCGGCAAACAGGCGAAUUUUUUCACGAAAAAAUGGGGACAAGAUUUUGUGGAAAAGGAGAAAAUUUACAAAAGUCCAGCACUGCCGGAUAUCAAAUGGGAGCAUUUUGACGUGUACAUUAGGAAAAUUGGGAAACGGUAUCGACGACACAAGCAGUUUGAUUUGUUACCGAAGCUGGAUCAGUCACCGAGUACUUCUAGUCCGAAGACGCUGGCGAACGAGAGUUUGGGCGGCGCUACCUUAGACGACAUUCCAGGAAUAUUUUUUAAGACAGACAUUGAAUUACAUCAUCCGGCGACAUUUGCACAAGUCUUUCCGGGCCUCGGGGAACAGGGAGAAGCGAAGACGAGUGGAAGGUUAUUACAGGAACGUUUAAGUCACUACCUCGACAUCGUUGAAGUCCACAUUGCCAAACAAGUCUCGCGUCGCUCAUCUGCCUUCUUCCAUGCCAUGACCUCGCAAGAUGCCAUCAUGGAGGAAAUGAACCAAGCAGCUGCCAACGUCAAAUCCCUACGUGAAAAACUGAGCGCCGUCGAUCGCCUCCAAGUGCACGAAUCCCUCAAACUCGUCAGCAUGGCACAAAUCAAAACGAACCAACGAAAAGUGCUCGACAAACUGAAACUCAUGGUGCACGUGCACAAAACGCAACCGACAAUUCAGCUGCUGCUCGGAACGCAGGACUACGUUGCCGCACUCGACCUCAUUAGUGCUACUCAGGACAUUCUAACCAAAGAACUCACAAGUAUUCAUUGUUUCAAGCAUCUGCCAUCGCAACUCGUCGAAAUCGACCGCCUAAUUGACAAAAUGCUCGAGACGGAGUUUCAGCGCUACUCGACUGCGGACCUGAAUCGCCCUUUAUUGACGAAAGACGAUCGUGUGCUGGACGAAGAUAAGCUAAUUUGCGUCGUGAGUGGCUUGUUGCGGAAGAAAAACUUUAAAUUCAUCGAUAAUUACAAGGACGAAGCAAUCACGGCGAUCCGAGCGGUUAUCAAGGAAAUGGUAAUUAACCUCAUAGCGACAACAGAUGCGGAAAUUUGUCUCACAGGUGCCGGGGAAGAAGCUCAAAUACUGUCAUUGAACGAAUGGAUGACGUUUUUAGACGUGGCACGGGAUAAACUCUUGAAAUUAUUGCAUCGGAUAAAACUUGUGCACGACGUGAUGCUCCAAACGACCGAUUUGAGUGCGGGAAAGUACAUUUCAGACAUGAAUUUUCACGACACCGAAGUUUUUCUGUCAGCUGAAGACCAUAAACUAGUCGAAUCCGCCUUGGUUGAUCUCAUUUUGUCCGUUUGUACUUAUGUGCAUGAACGAUGUGCGAAUUUGGUGUCAAAUCAGCAUCUAGAAAAAAAUCCCGCGACGCCGGAGGAGAUUUUGCGCCUAAGUGACUUGGUCGAAAGUUUGUGUUUGGGCUGUGAGGAGAUAUCUGGAGUGCAAACGGUACCACUAAAAGCUGCCUUGAAGCUUCACGGGAACCGUUUUGCCCAAAAAUUCCAUGCAGACCGUAAAUCUAAGAUGUUGACGUUGCUCGAAGCCGAAAGAUGGAAACGUUGUGAGAUCCCGUACCGCUUUCAGAUGCUCAUCAACGAGAUAUCCAAAGAUAAUUUCGUCGAAAUUAACGUGAAUUCGGAAAAAUCGCCAUCGCCCGUUCUCAUGUUCGACGAACAGCCUUUCACGCUAGUCGGUGCCACGGUAAUUUUGAUUCAAGUCAUUGUCGAAUAUUGCCUGUGUGCGAAACAGCUGCCUGUAAUUGCCUCUCAACUGUCGCGAAACAUCCUCGAUCAUCUUCGAACGUUCAAUUCGCGUUCGUGUCAACUCGUUUUGGGUGCCGGAGCACUUCACAGCGCCGGAUUAAAGACAAUUACAAGUGCAAAUCUCGCUCUCGUGUCACGCUCGUUGCAAUUAAUUGUCGGCCUCUUGCCACACAUCCAACGACAUUUCCAAAAAAUCGAUACGGCAGGCAACACGGCGCCCCCCUCCGUGUACGAAGCCCUCGAGAAAGACUACCAAAGUCACAUCAAAGAGCUGGAAAAUAAAAUUCUCUCGAUUAUGUGUAGUUCCGUGUGCACGUCGCAGCUCCAAACGUGGGAAGCCAAGCCUCCGAUACCGAGUCAAGCGUUCCGCAGCAUUUGUCGGCAAUUUAUCAAGUUGCACGAAGCGAUUGGACCAAUUUUGCCGCAAACGCAAGUCAACACGAUUUUCCAACAAAUUCACAAGGACUUCAAGGACAAGCUGCGGGAACAACUGCUCAAACAUAACAUCGUCAAAAACGGGGGACCUCAACAUGCGAUCGUGACGCAGGAACUGUGCUUUUAUAUGGAGACGUUAAAAACGCUAAAAGUAUUACCUGAGCAAGAAAUACAGGACGAAAAUACACUGAAAGACAUUUGGCUGUAAUAAAGUCGCCAUUUUUUCAUAUCUUCACAAAAAAAUCAAACAAAGUAUCAAAAAAUUGAAUUUUUCACUUUGUAGCAGAGUUUUUUAUUUAAAUUUUUGUUUUGGUACUUAUUUACUUACUUGAAUCAACUGUGGCUUGUUUUAAACACUUUUAAAUGCAAUCUUUCCAUUUUAUAAUUUUUAUUUGUUUUAAAAGCAUUUUUCUGUUGAAAUGUUGUUGCUUAGUUCUAAAAAUUUUUAAAUAAAUUUACUUUGUAG